GAGCGCCGAGGAGCCGGUGCAGAGCGGGCGGCGGCGGCGGCGGCGGCUCCAGCCUGCGCGGCGCGGGGCUCGGCGGCGGGGCGAUCCGGCAGCGGUGGGAGCUCCGCGCUCCGGGGCUCGCUCCCCGCCGCGGACAGCCGAAGGGCGCAGCGCGGAGCCCCGGCGGCCCGAGGGCGCGAGUCCAGCCUUGUCUCAUCAUCUGGCACCCUUGGUUUUGGAAGUUGCGGGCAGAGUCUGGUGCGGAGGAGUCCGGUGGACGUUGAUGUGCUCUGUGCGCGGCCGGAGGUGAAGAGAUGGCCGCUCCGGUGCCCUGGGCCUGCUGUGCCGUGCUGGCCGCCGCCGCCGCUGUGGUCUACGCGCAGAGACACAGUCCACAGGAGGCCCCCCACGUGCAGUAUGAGCGCCUGGGCUCUGAUGUGACGCUGCCAUGCGGGACAGCGAGCUGGGACGCUGCUGUGACCUGGCGGGUGAACGGGACGGACCUGGCGGCUGACCUGCUCAACGGCUCCCAGCUGGUGCUCCGGGGCCUGGAGCUGGGCCACAGCGGCCUCUACGACUGCUUCCACCGGGACUCCUGGCACCAGCGGCACCAGGUGGUGCUGCACGUGGGCCUGCCCCCGCGGGAGCCGGUGCUCAGCUGCCGCUCCAACACUUACCCUAAGGGCUUCUACUGCAGCUGGCACCUGCCGGCGCCCACCUACAUCCCCAACGCCUUCAACGUGACAGUGCUGCACGGCUCCAAGCUCAUGGCCUGUGAGAAGGACCCGGCCCUCAAGAACCGCUGCCACAUCCGCUACGUGCACCUGUUUUCCACCAUCAAAUACAAGGUCUCGGUCAGCGUCGGCAAUGCCCUGGGCCACAACGCCACGGCCAUCACCUUUGACGAGUUCACCAUCGUGAAGCCCGAUCCUCCAGAAAAUGUAGUGGCUCGGCCGGUGCCCAGCAACCCUCGCCGGCUGGAGGUGACAUGGCAGAACCCCUCGACCUGGCCCGACCCUGAGUCCUUCCCGCUCAAGUUUUUCCUGCGCUACCGACCCCUCAUCUUGGACCAGUGGCAGCACGUGGAGCUGUCGGACGGCACGGCGCACACCAUCACAGACGCCUACGCCGGCAAGGAGUACAUCAUCCAGGUGGCCGCCAAGGACAAUGAGAUCGGCACGUGGAGCGACUGGAGCGUGGCCGCGCACGCCACGCCCUGGACCGAGGAGCCCCGACACCUCACCACAGAGGCCCAGGCCCCCGAGACCACGACCAGCACCAGCAGCUCACUGACACCCCCACCCACCACGAAGAUCUGUGACCCUGGGGAGCUGGGCAGCGGAGGCGGCCCCUCGGCACCCGUGGGCAUGAGCGUCCCUGUCACUCUGGCUCUGGCCACCGCCGCUGCCACCGCCGCCAGCAGUCUCCUGAUCUGAAUUCGUCACAGUCUCUGUGGAGUGUGAGAGACCCGAGCCUCCAAGAGCUGUGGCUGCUCAGAAGAUGAGGAGGAGGAGGAAGACGCCCCGGAAACCAUGCAUUGCCGACCAACAACACUGCGCAGCUAGGGCUGAGGUGGGUCCCAGCUCCUCUCACGGCCCCUCCCCAGCGUGUGCCCUCCUGCAAGCCGCUCCCUUCUGUGUCUCUUGCACUACACCUGCUGGAAGCAGUGCCUUCUGGAGAAGGUUCUCUGCUCAUGUCUCCUCUCUCUCUGCAGAGGUUUUGAGAUGUGGAUUGUAUUAGCACCCUUUGGUUGUUUUAGCGCCCAUUCCUACCAGUUCCAUGAUGGGUCUUAAAUCUACACGCAGGGGGCUGGAGCAAUAGCACAAUGGGUAGGGCGUUUGCCUUGCAUGCGGCCAAUCCGGGUUCGAUUCCCAGCAUGCAUAUGGUCCCCUGAACACUGCCAGGGGUAAUUUCUGAGUGCAGAGCCAGGAGUAACCCUUGUGCAUCGCCAAGUGUGAUCCAAAAAGAAAAAUAAAUCUAUACACAGGUUAGGAAAUGUCUCAAGCAUCAAGCAUUGAGGGACUUAAUAAACAAUAGUUGUUCUGGGAGGAGAAGAAAAUGUUUCCAGGGAGAGUAGAUUAAGAAAGACACUUUUCAAAGAGAUCAACAGCAGCACUGAGGUGCUGCCAAGAAUCAACUGAAGUAGGGCUACAAAGUAUUCACUGGAUGUAGGGAGGAGGGAAAAGUGACCUUGAGGAGCCAGCAUGGGGAGCGCGGCUGAGCAGAGGAGACCUGGCAGCUGCUGGGUGAAGGGAGCUGGGGAAGGAGGAGACAGCUGGCGGGUGGCAGGCAUGGUGUGUGAUGGGAAGUCCGAGUGUACCCACAGCAGAGCUGUUCUGUGCCUCACCUACCCUCAUCACGUGCCUGCAGGCAUGUGCUCUAGUUUCUCUCCACACAAGGCCUCUCUGGGUAAAGAUCACGGUGCACCUCUCCUGUUCCUGGAAGAACCAUAAUAAAAAUAACCAUCCAGGGGGCCUGUGAGAUAGCACAGUGGGUAGAGCACUUACAUGCACAUGGCUGACCCAGGUUUGAUCUCUGGCAUUCCAUAUAGUUCCCUGCACUACCAGGAGAGAACCCUGAACACAGAGCCAGGAGUAAAUCCUAAGCACAGUCAGGUGUGGCCCCCAAACAAACAAACAAACAAACAAAAAACACCACUACUACCAACAAAAUCGCCAUCCAUAUGUGGUUCUGGGGUCCCCCUACCUGCUGUACUAUCUUUCUGCCCACCCCCUCAGCCCCAGUAUUUAAAUAUGUUCAUGGAAGGAACAUCUCAUACGUUUUCAGAAAUUAAAACAUUUUCUCUGACUCCA